UGAUACGGGGAUCUGACGUCACUGCGGCUGUUGUUUGUUUCCGCUGCUCUCGCUGACAGCCGGGAGCUGAAGCAGGCGGCCGUUUUGCCGGCUAGCGAAGUGAGGAAAUAUGCGCUCACUCGUCGGACUAGUCGCUGUAGUUGCCGCAGCCAGCUUCUACCUGUAUUCACUGUCCCUGUACCUGCCCGCGGGACCCCGACGACGUCUUCAUUCAGCUACCAAAAGAGAGCACGUGGACGCAGCAGAGUCCGAGCGAGCCCCUGACAGCGCCGAGGAAGCCAGCAGGUUGAAGUUUCCUUCAGACUUGGAGGAGCUGAGGGAACUGGCUGAGCUCCUGCAGUUUUACAAGAAAGAGCACACUGGAUAUGUCCUGCUACUGUUCUGUAGUGCAUAUCUGUACAAGCAGUCCUUUGCCAUUCCUGGAUCCUCGUUCCUGAACAUUCUUGCAGGAGCUAUAUUUGGAUCAUAUCAAGGGCUGUUUCUAGCCUGUGUGCUCACCACUGUCGGCUCCACCAUGUGCUACCUCCUGUCUCAAGCCUUCGGAAAACGCUACAUUGUGAAUCUUUUCCCUGAUAAAGUCUCCAUGCUACAGAGGAAGGUUGAGGAGAACCAGGACUGUCUGUUCUUCUUUCUGCUCUUCCUGAGAUUCUUUCCCAUGACACCCAACUGGUUUCUGAACAUGUCUGCUCCAAUUGUAAACAUUCCCAUCACCUUCUUCUUCUGCUCAGUCUUCAUUGGUCUCCUGCCAUACAACUUCAUCUGUGUCCAGACGGGCGUCAUGCUGUCUGAAGUAUUGUCACUGGAUGACUUGUUCUCCUGGGAGCGGCUGCUGCAGCUGCUGGCCAUCGCCUGCAUGGCUCUGCUGCCCGGUGCUCUCAUCCACCGCUACAGUCAGAAGCGUCUCAAACUGGAUGUCCAGUCACAGAACGGACUCUUCACAGAAAAGAAGGUCCAGUGAUUUGAUCUGGAAAUCAGUUUAUUCCUUGGUCUUUUGAUGCGUUCUGCCAUCAAGAGUGAAUGUUUUUAAAGUGGAGACACACGCUUGUGACAGCCUCUUAUAUCUGGAGUGCUUUAUUUCUCUGGAGCUGCCUGGACGUGGAAAAGGGAUUGUAACUUUUAAAAAAUGAUGAGACUGUCACAUUGGGAUUUGAAGCCUAGUAUGCUAUGUUACCGAAUGUUGUUGAUUCUCUACCACAACUUCUGUGGGAACAGCAUACACAGCAUAUGUAUAUAGUUGUAUUAAUGUACAGUAAUCAUAUGGAGAGAGAGAAGGAUUUUAAGGGAAUUUUGCUCUUACACUCUUGUUGUACAGUGUGACUACUGCUUCAGUUGAAACAGCUAGUGUUCAAAGUGCCUGUCAUGCAAUUAUGGACUCAAACUGCUACCUCCAGCAUGGGCAAGUGGAAAGAAAUAAUGUAAUGUCAAAGGCCGACCCAUGUUUGUAGAGGCUAGAUUGUUCAUAUGAUUGUUUUGUUGGGUUUAUGUAAGUUAUUUUCUUUGUAACUGAAAUACUGAUUACGUUUGCAGCAUGCAGUAUACUAUACAACUUGAGGUUGUAUUUUACUUGUUCGACAAUCACAUUUUGCAAUUUCAGUAUGAAUUGUGAUAAAGUAUAGAGGGCAACUUUUAUUAUUUUUCAAUUCUGAAGUGAAAGUUUUUCAGAUUGUACAGUUCAAUGUAGAGACCAGAAUUUGGCCUCAGAAAGACCAGAGUGCCAUUUUCAUGAGUCAUUUUGAGGAACUAUUUGAAGUACAUGUUUAUUUUUGCAACUAAAUGUACAGCCCUGAUUUAAUGUGUCUUGAUAUUAAUCAGCUGGAUUCUUAUUUGAAAGUGAAUGCGCAGUUAAUUCAGGCAGUGAGACCUCUGUUAAAUCAAGCCUUAAUAUUGCUUCAAAAUCCUUCAUUGCUGUCUCUUAUGUCCAUGUGUCUUUUGAACAGUAUCCUGCUCCUACAGCGUCUGUGCUGCUUAGGGUUAUUUUAAAACUCUCAUCAUUUAGGUUAAGGUGUAAAAUGUUGUGUCUGCAAUGUUGUUUCAUCAGAGAUGUACAUUAUUUUAAAAAAUAAUAUAAUUCAGUUUUGCUGUGACAUUUAUGGAAUAUCAGAUCACACAUAUUGGGACACAUUUAUUUCAGAGGUGAAAAAAAACUUUGAAAUAAUACAACAGUAAAUGUGGAAAAACACUUUCUUUCAGAUAUUCUUUAUUGCUCAGAUCCAGGUUGCUCAGCAAUACAGUUCACUCACAACUCAAAACAACAGCAUGACUGUU